CACAAAUUAUUUGGGUUUGCAAAAUGCCAUAUGUAAUGAAAGCUAUGCAUAAACAUUUAUAAAAUACCUUUUCUAAGUAGGCCAGCAACAUUUACUAUUUUUCAAUAAAUUAAUAUAUAAAAUAUAUACAUUAGUGCCAAAUGGAACAUAUAUUUUGAAAUAUGAGCCCCAAGUAAAACUCAGGAAUCUGGAGUAGAAUUCAGGUAUAUGCCAAAGGAAACUUUGUCUUUGAAGAAAGGAAACAAUGCCGGGUCUCUUAUCUCCAUGGACUGUUUUGCUUGUCAAACUUCUAACACCCCUUCAGCUGUGUUUUGUGUUUGACUUCCAACCUCAUGGUCAUUUGACCUGCCAACUAUUAUUUUCUUUGAGGCUUUGUAACGCUCCACCCAAGUAUUUCGCUUUCCAGAACAGUUGUGUCCGUUUCCUUUACACUUCACCUUAACGUCAGCCUUGGUUCACAACGUCGUUGUCUUAAAGUGCCCCCUGUAAGGUUUCAGACAAACCCCAGGACAUCGCGGGGAUGACCAGUAGGGCUCUGGAAAGCCAAGAACCCCUGGAGAUUCCGCUUUGUUCCAGGAUUUACACCCAACCUGACAGUCCUAGGACAGAGGCCAGGCCCUACGAGUCCAAAUCCCCGGGAUCCCAACCCCCUCCCAGGCUGACCUGCCGGCCGGGACCUCACAGCCGGAAAACACCGCCCUUUCCUGCCGCCUACUCCUUCCCCAGGCCCGCGACUCGAGGAAGAGAGGGAGGCCGAUUGAGAAAAUUAGCGUAAAUUAGCCAGGUUCACCCUGGGCUGGGGCUGAGGGGCGGGACGUGCUGCGGUGCUGGCGGGGUGACCGGCGGCAGCAGGUGCAGCCCAGGGCAGAAUUUUACGUUCCCUGGCCGGCAGCUGCGCCACUUGCGCCUCGGCGCGCGUCUGGGCAGCCACCACCCGCUUGCCUCAGCUUUAGCCAGAUCCCUUUGAGAAAUCCCGGGGGAGAAGAGACGCCUCCCUCUGGACAAGAAAAACCUGCAGCGUCUGCUGUUGUUCCUGUGCCCACUUGCUCGGUCAGGAGCCCUGGGCGUCUCCAGUUCGCUAAAUCCACUCUCCGGGUUUUGGAUGCAGCUCCACGGGAGCGAGCUAGAAACUGACAGAACGCACCUCUCCCCUUUCCCUGCUCCGGCUUGGAGUGGCCUGGAGAGCAGUGGCCAGGCAGGGAGGGGUGGCGCGGUCAGGUGGCCCCGCUUCCCUGCGUGUUGGGACAGGGAGAGAUCGGUUAAUGGAGGCGAAGAGAGGUGGGCGGACGAAGCUUAGGGGUCAGGGUGCGGGUGGAGUCCUAUUGUCCUCGGGCACCCAGGCGGCAGCACCCCGGGGUCUCUGAGCCAAGAGUCCUGCGGCCUUUCUUUGUGCCCAGGGAGUCGAACGUGGCUUGUCCUCCGAAGGAAGCCGCAUCCUGGGAGGUGGCGCUGGCACGGUAACAAUGAGUGCCUAUUGUCCUCCCAGGAACUGCCAGCUCCGUGAGCCCCGCGGCCGGUGAUCGCUGCGCGCUUGCCUCUGGCCGCGGGCUAGCCCAGGCCAAAGCACAGGUAGCGCUACCACAGGGUCAGCGCGGCUGCCCGCGCCCUCCGCCCCGCCCGGUCCCGCCCCCCGCGCCGCGGCCCCGCCCCGGCCCGCCCCCCGCAGGUUCAGUCUUCGCGUCCGGCCACCGCGCGCUCAGUCUAGCUCGCACCUUCUUUCGCGGCUGCCGGGGCCGGAGAGGGCGGGAGCGCGGUGGUGGGGCCCGAGCAGGGGGUCAGCCCGGAGACCCGGCCGCCGGCCUGGGAAGCCUUCACGCCGCCUCGGAGCGGAUAAUGCUGUGAGUAGACGCCGCGCCGGCCGACUGGGCUGGAUCCGCGCGCACCGGCUGGAGCUGCGUGCGCCCGCGGGAGGCGUUGGGGCAGCGACUGGGAUUCUCGGAGGCUCGGGUUUCUCCUUGUUGUGGAAGGGGCUGGAUGAUGUAACCAACUCUCUGGGAAGCCCCACUUGGCUGCAACCACAGGAAGGUCUCUUAGACCCCAUCUCAUUUCAGAGCCAAUUCUGAAGGCACUUGAGAAAAAUGAUGUGAUGGUUCCUAUCAAACAGGACUUUUCAGAAACAUACAUCUGUGAAGAAAGUGGCCCCUUUUCCCUCUUGUGAAAUAGAUAAUUCUCAAAUUCCAAGAUGCCAGCCAAGACCCCAAUUUAUCUGAAAGCGGCCAAUAACAAGAAAGGAAAGAAAUUUAAGCUGAGGGACAUUUUGUCUCCUGAUAUGAUCAGUCCUCCCCUUGGAGACUUUCGCCACACCAUUCACAUCGGCAAAGAGGGCCAGCACGACGUUUUUGGAGAUAUUUCUUUCCUUCAGGGGAACUAUGAGCUUUUACCUGGGAACCAGGAGAAAGCCUGCAUGGGCCAGUUCUCUGGGCAUAACGAGUUCUUCCGGGCCAACAGCACUUCAGACUCGAUGUUUUCAGAAACACCCUCUCCGGUGCUCAAAAAUGCCAUCUCCCUCCCCACCAUCGGAGGGUCCCAAGCUCUCAUGCUGCCUUUAUUGUCACCCGUGACAUUCAGUUCUAAACAGGAGUCCUUCGGGCCUGCCAAGCUGCCCAGGCUUAGCUGUGAGCCCGUCAUCGAGGAGAAAGCUCAGGAGAAGAGCAGUCUGCUGGAGAGGGGGAGAGUCCACCAGGGAGACACCUCAUGGGGCUCCAGUGGUUCUGCCUCUCAGUCCAGCCAGGGCAGGGACAGCCACUCCUCCAGCCUGUCGGAACAGUACUCCGACUGGCCUGCAGAGGACAUGUUUGACCGUCCUGCCCCGUGUGAGCUCGUCAAGGGAAAGACUGAGUCAGAGGAGUCGCUCUCCGAUCUCACAGGGUCCCUCUUCUCCCUGCAGCUCGACUUUGGGCCCUCACUUUUGGAUGAGGUGCUGAACGUCAUGGAUAAAAAUAAGUAACAGGAUGCCAGCUCUUCUCCUCUGGGGUAAAAAGCAUCAGACAACAACAACAAAAACUAAGCUAGACUAACCACAGUCGCACAGUUGAAAGAAGGGCUUCCUGGGCUGUGUUUGCAGUUGUGUGAUGGGUUUUCUAAAAUAAUCUUCCUACAAAAUAUUUUUUUUACCUGUUUGCACCAACAGUUCAGAAAAAAAUAAGUAAAGAAAAGCACCCUGGCAAAAAGAGGAAGUGAGUCAGAACCCAUUUUCGGCAGAUCAGCUCACUUUUGUUGUUCGCAGACACGCAAGAAAGCUGGCUUGGCCGGGAUUGGCCCUGGCUAUGAAGGGCUGGACCAGUCACAUCAAGGAACUUUACAGAACUUCACGACACUCCAAUGUUUUCUGAGCAAGAGGAAGUCAAAGUUUAUUUAACACCUAAGCCUUUUUUCUAGACUCUUUUCUAUCUUAUAUUGUUUGGGCUUACCAUAGCGAAUUCUCCAGUGUUAAAGCUUUUCUCUGUUUUCACAUUUGAACAACUUUGCGGCUUUGGGGGAUUUUCUUGUAGUUCUUAUGUAACCCUAUAUGUUUUAUCUAUAUCGCAAAAUUUUGACUAUCAGCUACAUGUUGGUAAGACACAAGCAAAGUAUUACUGUAACUAAGUUAUUUUUAAAGUUAAAAUAUAUUUUUACGUGCCUUUGGCUUUUUAUUGCAGAGUCUACAUUUUAUAGAUAAUCAGAUGUGGUCAUUUGACUUGUUUUCAUUUGGGGUUCCAUUGUAAGCUGUGUAUGUGUGUGUUUGGAAAAGUGUACUCAUACUUAGCUUUAUUUUUUUUUCUUCAUCUGUUAUCAUACUUCUAACAGCAGCCAAUAAUGGAUUGUAAAGCAUAAAGGCACAGUUUACUUCUGAUGCUUCUGCAGAGACUGUGGGCCACACCACGUAAUGUUAUUUGGAAAUGGGUAUUUUAGCACAGUACAUACUUGCAUUACAUAGGUACUUCAUACAACACAAUAAAGAGUAAAUGUUAAAGUGAA